AUAUGACUGAUUUUCUCUUGGCAAGUUGCCACCUACCUAACAAAAGAAAGAAGUAGGACCAACAAAGUCGUCAAAAAUGGCUUCCAUUCCCCAACAAACCAAACUCCCAUUCAUUGACUUCAGCAACGGACGCCAUAAGCUGAGCCCCGAGGAUCCCAAAUGGGCCGCCCUCAGGACCCAAGUGAGGCGAGCUGCUGAGGAAUUCGGGUGCUUUGAAGCUCGUUUCGAUGGAGUCCCCCCAGAUCUUCAAAAUAUUUUGAUAGGAUCACUGCCGGAGCUGUUCGACCUACCGCUGGAGAUGAAGCUGCAAAUCUUUUCAAGUAAGGCAUUUCAUGGGUACCUGGGGCAGUUUCCCGCAAUGCCAUUAUACGAGAGCUUGGGUAUCGACUACUCUGAUCAGCAUGAAAAGGUAGAGGAGGCAGUGAGGGCUUUGUGGCCUCAAGGGCAUCCAACUUUCAGUAAAACAGUACAGUCCUAUUCGGAUAAUCUGUCAACGUUGUACCGGAUCGUUAGAAGGAUGAUCUUGGAGAGUCUCAGUCUUGAAAAAUAUAUAGAGGAACAUCUAAGCACCACAUAUUACCUUCUUCAAGUCAUGAAAUAUAAAGAACCGCAGACACCUGUAAAAAAGUUAGGAGUACACGAGCACACGGACAGGAACAUGAUGACGAUACUGCAUCAGAACCAAAUCGAUGGGCUUGAGAUCCAGAGGAAAGACGGGGAGUGGAUCAGUCUUCGACCCUCGCAGGAGUCGUUCAUAGUUGUGAUUGGGGAUUCUCUUUAUGCAUGGACAAAUGGACGGGUUCACAGUGCGAACCAUCGCGUCAUGUUAAGCGGAAGCCAGGUGAGGUAUUCGGUCGGACUGUUCUCAGUCCCAAAAGCUGGAUAUAUAUUAAAGACACCAGAUGAGCUGGUGGACGCAGAACACCCGUUACUCUUUAAGCCCUUCGAUUAUGCCGAGUUCCUUAAAUUCUACUGGACCGAGUACGUGAAGGGAGCUGACUCUUCUCUCAAGGCUUAUUGUGGUGCCCUGUAACAUCCCAAAAGGAAGAAGAUAUUUGAUGUACGUAAUACUGCUGGUGUUAUCGUGAUUCUUUUGUAUGCAUACUGGAUGUAAUUUUUCUUCCCUGAUUGGACAAUAACAUGCGCGAUGUAAUUUGAUUUGCCUGUUAACUAGGAGGCAUUUACCCUGAUCAUGGACCAGAGUUCUUUUAAGCCUGAGGUGGGACUUUUUUUUAGUAGGGAUUUUUUUUUGUCAAUGAUAUUAUGGAUGUCAACGUAUUGA